CCCGCCCCCCGUCCCUUCCCUCCUCCCACACCGGAGGAUGCGCUCCCCCGCGCCAAGCGGCAGAGGCUACCGCUCCCAGAAAUGCGUGCGCCCGAGCCACUUCGCCCCAACCCGUGGAGCCCGCGCCCCCGCCCAGUAGGACUAUGACUCACUGAUUUAAAAGGACGUUUCCAAAUCCUUUGCACUUUUGGCUGUGUAUUAUGGAGACUAAGGAGGAGAGGAAGGAACAGAAGGAACGGAAACAGAGUUAUUUCGCACGGCUGAAAAAGAAAAAACAAGCCAAACAAAAUGCAGAGAUAGUCUCAACUGCAGCCACGAGGAGUCAUUUUGGGAAAGAAGAUGCUAAUUCAGCCAUUUUGGAACAAGACAAGUCCAACAUCGCAGUGGAGGGGGAAUCUACCACUGAUGAAAAGAAGAAGAGAAAAAACAACCAGUUGAAGGAGAUCAGGCGCACGGAACUGAAGAGAUACUAUAGUGUUGAUAACAAUCAAAGCAAAGCUCAUGAUAAGAAGGAGAAGAAGAUGGUGGUUCAGAAGCCCCAUGGCACCGUGGAGUACACUGCCGGAAGCCAGGACACCCUCAACUCCGUCGCACUGAAGUUUAAUGUCACUCCCAAUAAAUUAGUGGAGUUGAAUAAACUCUUCACACACACCAUUGUUCCAGGCCAGGUCCUGUUUGUGCCAGAUGCCAACGUCCCUUCUAGUACCUUACGGCUUUCGUCGUCCACCCCUGGUGCUACUGUCUCUCCGUCAUCGUCAGAUGCAGAAUAUGAUAAACUGCCUGAUGCUGAUUUAGCAAGAAAGGCCUUAAAACCCGUUGAGAGGGUGUUAUCAUCGACUUCUGAAGAGGAUGAGCCUGGUGUUGUGAAGUUUCUCAAGAUGAAUUGCCGUUACUUCACUGAUGGAAAGGGUGUGGUCGGCGGUGUCAUGAUUGUCACUCCCAACAACAUCAUGUUUGACCCUCACAAGUCCGAUCCCUUGGUGAUCGAAAACGGGUGUGAGGAAUACGGUCUCAUCUGCCCCAUGGAAGAGGUGGUCUCCAUUGCCCUGUACAACGACAUUUCCCACAUGAAGAUCAAAGACGCUCUGCCAUCCGACCUACCUCAGGAUCUUUGUCCUCUGUACAGGCCUGGAGAAUGGGAAGACCUGGCUUCAGAAAAGGAUAUCAAUCCUUUCAGUAAGUUCAAGUCCAUCAACAAGGAAAAACGACAGCAGAAUGGGGAGAGAGGCCUCGCUUUAGACCCCAAAUCAGUGGGCUCUCCCGAGGACUCAACAGAGUGUGCACAGGUGAAGCCCCCAGACGGCUCAGAGUCAUGGAAAUUAAAGAAACUGGUACCUUCCAAGGGAACAGCUAGUGAGUCUUCUUCAGUCACUCAGCUCAGCAAGGGGCCUCCUGACACCCGUGCUACAGCCAAAGAAAACUGUCUUUUAGGAGAGGACGAGGACUUUGUUGACUUGGAAGACCUUUCUUCUCAAUCUGGGAGUGGAGCGGACAAAGGAAAUACCACAAAGAAAUGCCUUUCCUAUGGCCAAACGGAGGCUGAGCCCCAACCAGUCACGUCUGCAAAGGAAACGCAGGUGCCGUCAGCCCCGAACUUCGUGGGAACAGAGAGCGAUGCUGAACUGAAAGGGGCCCUGGAUUUAGAAACCUGUGAGAAGCAGGAUAAAGUGCCGGAAGUGGACAAGCAGUCUGGGUCCCCAGAAAACCAGGAAGAGAGCACGCUGAAGAUCCACGAAGAUCUCGAUAAAGUUAAGCUCAUUGAGUUUUACCUAAAUAAAAACCAAGAAGGGUCACAGCUGUCUGAAAAUGUACAGAAGUCAGAACUAAGUGACGGCAAAAGUCUUAAACCAGGAGGAAUAGACAUCAUGCUUAGUAGGGCUCUUCCCCAAGCAGGUGAUUCCCCACCUGAGGGCAACAGAGAGCCAGAUGCAGUAUGGGUAAAAGGGAGAGAGACUCUGUCCCCAAAACAAGACCCUGGUGCGGAGGAAACUGUGAUUAACAACAAAGAAGCUGUGGACUCUUUGGAAUCAUCUCUAGACAAGAGCUGUCAAGGUGCACAGAUGGAUAACAAAUCUGAGAUUCAGUUAUGGCUGCUAAAGAGAAUUCAGGUACCCAUUGAAGAUAUCCUUCCCUCCAAAGAAGAAAAGAGCAAGACCCCUCCCAUGUUUCUGUGCAUCAAAGUGGGAAAACCAAUGAGAAAGUCCUUUGCCAGUCACACCGCUGCCAUGGUCCAGCAGUAUGGCAAGAGAAGGAAGCAGCCUGAGUACUGGUUUGCUGUUCCCCGGGAGAGGGUGGGUCACUUGUACACCUUCUUUGUUCAAUGGUCUCCUGAUGUCUAUGGGAAAGACGCCAAGGACCAAGGCUUUGUGGUGGUGGAAAGGGAAGAACUGAACAUGAUCGACAACUUCUUCAGUGAGCCGACCACCAAGAGCUGGGAGAUCAUCACUGUUGAGGAGGCAAAGCGCAGGAAGAGCACUUGCAGCUACUACGAGGAGGAGGAGGAGGAAGAGGAGGAAGGACUGCCCGUCUUGCACCCCCACAGUGCACUCCUGGAGAACAUGCACAUCGAGCAGCUGGCCCGACGCCUUCCAGCCAGGGUGCAAGGCUACCCGUGGAGACUGGCCUACAGCACAAUAGAGCACGGCACCAGCUUGAAAACGCUCUAUAGGAAGUCAGCAUCCCUAGAUAGUCCUGUUCUGCUGGUCAUCAAAGACAUGGAUAACCAGAUAUUUGGGGCAUAUGCGACUCAUCCAUUCAAGUUCAGUGACCACUAUUACGGCACAGGGGAGACUUUUCUGUACACCUUUAGUCCUAAUUUUAAGGUCUUUAAGUGGAGUGGAGAAAACUCGUAUUUUAUCAAUGGAGACAUAAGUUCUUUAGAACUUGGUGGCGGAGGGGGACGAUUUGGUCUCUGGCUAGAUGCUGACUUAUAUCAUGGACGUAGCAACUCUUGCAGCACUUUUAACAAUGACAUCCUUUCCAAAAAAGAAGACUUCAUAGUUCAGGACCUAGAGGUAUGGACAUUUGAGUGAAACUCAGGCUGCCUUAAAAUAAAACAUUAAGAAGACUGGGUUAGCUUAACCCUGAAACUGGACGCCGAGCCCAGCCCUGGCUGCCCUUCUCCUACAGCAAUGCUUUCUUUCUGCCAUCAUCUCGGCGCUCUAUACCAGAGCAGAAAGAUUCGGAAAGGGAUCUGCAGAGGGCAGGCGCUGAAGACAGAACUCUGCAGUCCAGAUUGUUAAAACGAAGACUGCCCUUCCACUGCUUUUAAAUCCACACCACGAGAAAGAAAUCAGAGUGUUUAUGGAUGUAUGAGUUGAAUGCAAUUUUUUAUUUUUGGUAACUGUGAAAAAAAAAUAUACUGUGGAAAUAUAUACCUGCCUUGUGUAUUUAUCAGCAUAGUUUCACCAAAUGUAUAGUUAAUUGUUUGCCAUGGAAAACUUAAUCUGAUUUAGAGAAAUUGAAAGGACAUAGCACUUGAAGGGAAUAUCUGAUUUUUAAAAACCGUUUUAUUUAUUAUUUCUAGUAUAUUGUCUGAAUUAUGUUUUUUUUUUCUUUUAAUGUGUCAAGUCCUGAAAUAAAAAAAUGUAUACGUUUUGUGCUAUGUUUGGGGAACAAGUCUCUUUUGAUUUGUAUAGUUUUAUAUUCAUUUCUUGCCCUGAUCAUUUAGGGUGGUGUAAUCUUUAUUUCUUAAUAUGAUCUAUCUGUACAUGUGU